AUGGCUUCAUCAAAGUACUCGCCAAAAUCCGAAACAAUCAGUGUUAAUAACAUCAGCAUUAGAGUGAUAGACAGAGUGAGCCAUCUUUCAAACAACAUUCUGCAUCACAUUCUAUCCUUCCUCGACACUGGAUCUGUCGUCCAAACCAGCAUUCUGUCGAGAAGGUGGAGAUGCUUAUGGAAAGAUAUCCCCGUCCCUGUCAACUUCAGCAGGAACUCCAGCUUCAGUAAUAAGUCCGAUUUCCAGAAACACGUGGACAAGUUCAUAUCUCUUCGAUUUGAGUCGACCGUGGUCCGUGCCAUUAGCUUCGACCUUCGGGGAGAGGCACUUUGUGGACAUUCAGCUGGUACAGAACUAUUUGACGGCGUAAUGCAAUACAUGGCUGCUGCCAGGGUCGUAUUAGCAAUGUGUACCGCAACUGGCAUCCACAAUAUGGCAGGAGCAAUGGCAGCGCAUAAUGUCCAUGGAUCUCUAGAGACUCUCCAGUUGCACAAAUCCAAUCUGUUAAACAGUUGGCUCGGUUAUGCUUCAGGAUUCAAAUUGCUGACGACAUUGGAACUGAGCCAGUGUUUGCUCUACUCUUCUGUGUCAGGGAAGUUGAUUGAUCCUUUCUCUAAGUACCACCACAAGCUAAUCAGUUGCGGAACAUCAAGAUAUUUACUAAAAGUAUCUGGAUUUAAGAUGUACCCCAAAAUCCUAAUGCCGCCGCCAUAA